CAGGGACUGGUAGGUGAGAGGAGCGGAGAGGAGAGAUGUGGAUGAAAAGAAACAGAGAGAAAGUGGAUUAUGACAAAAAGAGGAAGGAGAAAUAUUGGAUGGGUAGAGCUCCACAACCUCCAUUGUUCUUUGACGUGGAGGUGGAUAAUGGUGUGGAGCUUUUGUUGUCUGAAAACGUGGAGGUGGAUAAUGGUGUGGAGCUUUUGUUGUCUGAAAACGUGGAGGUGGAUAAUGGUGUGGAGCUUUUGUUGUCUGAAAACGUGGAGGUGGAUAAUGGUGUGGAGCUUUUGUUGUCUGAAAACGUGGAGGUGGAUAAUGGUGUGGAGCUUUUGUUGUCUGACAAUGUGGAGGUGGAUAAUGGUGUGGAGCUUUUGUUGUCUGAAAACGUGGAGGUGGAUAAUGGUGUGGAGCUUUUGUUGUCUGAAAACGUGGAGGUGGAUAAUGGUGUGGAGCUUUUGUUGUCUGAAAACGUGGAGGUGGAUAAUGGUGUGGAGCUUUUGUUGUCUGAAAACGUGGAGGUGGAUAAUGGUGUGGAGCUUUUGUUGUCUGAAAACAUGGAGGUGGAGCUUUUGUUGUCUGAAAACGUGGAGGUGGAUAAUGGUGUGGAGCUUUUGUUGUCUGAAAACGUGGAGGUGGAUAAUGGUGUGGAGCUUUUGUUGUAAAGCUGGCGUCACACUGGACCGAAAUCUGGCGAGCACGAGCCCUUGCUGGCAGCUUUUGGUCAGGAGCAGGUCACUGUUGUUGUCACACUGAGGAGCGACGAGCAACAUUGUAAACAAAGCCUCAGCCAUGGCACCUACUACAUCCACACUUUGCAUUACGGCUAAGUCUGCAGCUGUGACGGCAUUACUUGCUGUUAUUCAACGAGCGCAGAAGAAGAAUAAAAAGACGAGUCUGGGUUCGGUCGUGCCUAAGGAGAAGGGAGACCCAUGGUGAUCUGCAUCCAUCUAACUUUCUUCAGCGAAACUUACAAAAGUGUGGAUGGCUGUGUCCCAUAACUCGGGUUGGUCCCUGACUCUAGAUAUUAAAGAGUACACAAUACGGGAGGACCAAUGAACUCUAGAACUAGGAGCGAAGGUGGCCAUGGCGAGUGUUUAUUUCAGCUGGGCGGUCUUGGUCUUGGUCAGGGAUCCAGAAAUCAAAAUAAAAACCAACACUAGUUUUCACAAUAUUAUAAAAUAUUACAAACACCGUCAAACACAAAACGAGUAUGUGAAUAAGUUCUUUAAUAUCACGAGUUUACGGUCCACUACACAAGGCAAUAUAUAGUAUUCACAUAUCGGUGCACUAAACUCAUUUGACUGCCUGCUCGCGGCUCACCAAGCUGCUCUCUGUCCAAACGGCGAGCUAAACGCAGGAGCAAAAGCUCGUGAGGCAGCCAUCCCACGAGCAAAAGCUGCCAGCAAAAGCUCGUCCUUGCCAGAUUUGGUCCAGUGUGACGCCGGCUUAAUGUGGAUUUUAUUCUCACUGCGGAGGCGGAGGCGGAUAUCCGAUACAUCACUAGUGUGCUCUGGGUAUGGUUAGGGUUUCGAACAAUUACCCAGAGCCCCCAAAACACUUCUAUCGGCAUCAAUUUCAAUUUCACUCGGCUCUUUUGGUGACAACAUGGCGGCUGUGAUGAAGGUCGCCACACUCCCCUGCUCCUUGGCUCUGGUCACGUUUGUUGUGUUGAUCUGUAAUGCAAGGGAGGAGUGCUGACAGGCAAUGCUUAACCCGGUAUCAGCGGGGAUCAUGUUUCUUAAUGGUCCCUCUGAGCGAGAAAAAUGAGAAAAAAUCAUCACUCACACAAGCCAUUUCGUAAUAUAUAUCAAAGCAUUUGUGAUCAGUUUAUACAUCAUCUAUUUUGGGGGGUUUAUAUCAUGGUACAAAUUUGGCCCGUUGCUGCUACACGGUAAAGCCACAAAUUUAGCCCGUCGCUGCUACCGGGUUAAUAUCACUUUUUUUUAUAACCAAGGAGACAGCUCAAGGGCACAAAAAAAAAGGAAAACAAUAAAAAAAGCCUGCUACUCGCUGCUCCUAAAAAGAAUCCAAAGAGGUGGCUGAAAGAGGGGUCAAUUUUGGGAGGUGUCCUGAUACCCUCCUCU